CCCCUCCCACGCGCCGGGCGUCCUUUAAAUGCUCGCGCUGCGCUUUAAAUAGCAGGUGUGAGAAACCGUGUCCCUGCAUACACCCCUCAGACGCCACCAUCAUCACCAUCGCCAUCACCACCGCAAUGUCCACCGCCAGCGCCGAGACCACCGCGCAGCUGCCGCCGGCCGCGGGCAGGGUGUUCUUUCAGCCCGGCGUGGGCUGCGCCGGCUCCGGACCGAUGCAGCGCGACGACCCGGUGCAGAAGAAACAGGGCAAAGUGACGGUGAAGUACGACAGAAAAGAGCUGCGGAAAAGACUCAUACUGGAGGAGUGGAUCAUUGAACAGCUGAGCGAACUUUACGACUGCGAGGAAGAGGAAAUGCCAGAGGUGGAGAUAGACAUCGAUGAUCUCCUGGAGGUGAACAGUGAAGACGAGAGAGCCGUAAAACUACAGGAAUCUCUGUCAGACUGCUACAAGCCCACUGAUGACUUUGUGCGCGAGCUCCUCGGCAGGAUAAGAGGAAUGAGAAAACUCAGCGCUCCGCAGAAGAAAAGCUUUUAAGUGCUCGACAAAUGCCAACGACAAUCCAGCUACCCGGACUACAGCUCCCACAAUCCAUCGCUCAGCCCUCGAGGACUCCCUAUCCCAGGAUUGGCGCCUGGCCCAGAAUCAAUAUACUAGAGUUCAUUUUCCAAGGACCCUGACUUUAUUCAGUACGCCUAAAUUGAGUCAUCCAUUUCCCAUAGAUCGCACAAAAAAAUCCGAGAGCAAAGUUCAUCCGGGAACAAUUUCAGCAGCUGCGUGGGACAGUUUGAUGUUCCUGUCCUCAACUUCUCAAUGGGUCAGAUUAUUACACCGUUUGGUGCAGUAUUACAGCUAUUUUUUAUGAACCACAACUGACUGCAAAGCUAUUUUAUAUAGCCUAGUGAAUUUUUGUUUUCCAAUCAUCUGGUCAGUGAUAUUCACCGAUAUCCGUCCAAGUUAAAUUUCGUCAAUUUGCACAAUACUCACGCUUCCCUAGAAUCUGCAUUUUUAGCAAAGCAUAAUAUUUAGGGUCUAACAUAACGGUCAUAAUUCAGUUUUUUUUUCAUUACGGUGAUAAAUCUUUCGAGAAUAUCGAACUGUUCUUGAAAGGUCUGUGGCUAAAAUGACUACUUUCAUAAAGUGAACAUGAUUGUGGUACGAUAAAAGUUUGGGUGGGCUGGGACGACAGAGUAAAGAAACGAGGCUAUGUUCGAAAUUAAAGGAAUAGUUCACCCAAAAAGUGUAAAAUGUACUCAUCCUUAGGCUAUCCAAGAUGUAGAUGGCAUUAAUUCUUCAUCGUGUUUAGAGAAAUAUAGCAUUACAUCCCUUGCUAUGCAGUGGAUCCUCAGCAGUGAAUGGGUGCCGUCAAAAUAAUAGUCCAAACGGCUGAUUUAAAAACUGCGCGUUCGUAUGAAACCAGUGCAUCACAAUAUUUUGACUUUCCGGCUCCGUAACAAUGGUUGCAAUCAGCUGUUUUGACUCUCAUUCCGACGGCACCCAUUCACUGCAGAGGAUCCACUGUCGAGCGAAUGAGCAAUUGAGCAAAUUAAAAUUUUGGGGUGAACUAUUCCUUUAAAUACUAGCAUACUAUGAACCAUGCGUUACACGCUUACUAUCCUGAAAUCGUGGACUUGAGUGCGUUGCAUUGCGGAAUAUAGUAUCCCGAACUUAGGCAAAUGCAUUUGUGUGAUGUAGCAUACACACUGUAAACCGCUGAAUUAAUAGCUGAGCACAUGUAUACUAGUGUUACGAACAUAGCUCGAGUUUUGAGUGCUUCUAUAAUUCAACAAGGGCUGCAUGAGAGUAGAGCUUAUUAACAGACAUACUGUGAUGAUGGUCUAAAGAUCGAGCCGGACGAGGGGCCUAGUUUGACUCAAGCCAUUAUUGAAAGCACGCGAAUCGUUCAAAUCUAGGCUUUUAUCACCUUUUCCUCGUACGGUUUUACAAGGAGGCUGCCAAAGAGUAUAAAAUGGCUGAAUAUUAGCAUAUUAUAAAGCGCCGUUGGUGUAAAUCGGUACGUGUAUAUUAUGUUUCGCUAUAAAGAACAUUUAAUCUUCGUGUCAUUCGGUGUCAUACUCAUGGGUCAGAUUUGUGUUUGGUGGUGUAAGUUGUAUAACAAGGAAUCCAGGGGAUAAACUAUGGUGCUGUUUAAACUCUUAAACCCUCUACAGCGUGGACGGACGAUGCGUUUUGCAGGCUGAGAGAAAAAAAAAAGAGACGCUCUCGACUCCGGAUGAACCUUCUGCGAUUCUGCCGGCCUGCAUCUAAACGUCGUUGUGGAUUUUAAGGAGUUCGCGCGUUUUCAAUUGUGUUUCGACCCUUCUCUCUGAGAAGAACAUUCAGGGUUUAGGUUUUUUUUUUUAAAUUUCAUUUACUUUUUGUUUCUAAAACGUUAGAGAUGUAUUCGAGUGUACGAAAGCUUUAUUUAUGCAUGUUUUAUUGGCAUGAUAGGAACGUUUGGAUCGCGACGAUUUGUCUUUUUAUACAUUAUUACAAGUAUUACUCUUAUAUCAAUUUCACAACUUUUUAUUCAUUUUUAUUGACACUAUAUCUGCGUGUUUUCAAUUGUUUUGGGGUUUUUUUAGAUUAUGUGUAAAGUGUGGUCUUUUGUGCUGUUCUAUUUAAAAUAAAGGCGAAAUGCCUGAACUGUUAUAUACACA